AUGGCGACUCAGCGUGUUCAUGUUGGAAUCAUCGGCGCAGGAAUAGGAGGGCUGGCAGCUGCCAUUGCCUUUCGACGUGCAGGGGUGGAUGUCACUGUCCUGGAAGCAGCGGAUGAAUUGCUCGAAAUCGGGGCCGGGAUCCAGAUGACGCCGAAUGUAUCGGUUCUGCUGCAGAAAUGGGGCGUUGCGGAUGUGAUAGGAGACAACUUGGUUCAAAUCGAAGAACUGAAUAUGCGCCGCAAAGAUGGCACUCUUGUCGGACAUACCGAAAUACCAAUUGUCGAAAGAGCAUUGGGCAGACCGUGGUGGCUUGUUCAUCGUGCUCAUCUCCACCAAGGUCUCGCGGCCGUGGCCACGCGUCUGGGAGCAGCGAUUCAUAUUAACAGUCGCGUCAUCUCACUUGACUAUCAGGAGAAGGAUGAAGUCACGGUCGAAACACAAAAAGGGGAUAAAUAUCAUUUCGACCUCUGCGUGGGUGCUGAUGGCGUAAACAGCAUUGUCCGAAGUACGCUGUUUCCGAACAUAAAGCCGGACGCCAAAACUACCAACUCUGCUUACCGGGCGAUUAUACCGUAUGACCGUAUCCGGCAGGACCCAAUUGCAAAGGAGCUCAUUCAAAAGUUGACGAUGGAGGUCUGGAUGGGACAUAAUGCCUAUAUUAUCACUUAUCCCAUCAGUGGGGGCGAAACAUUCAACCUGGUGCUCUCGCAUCAUCGUCCGGAGAAGGUCUAUAGUACCCAACCGAAUGUUCCUGUCGAGGAAAUGCGGGAUGCAUACAAAGACUUUGAUCCUCGGAUUAAACGCAUUGUCGAUAUGAUCACCGAGACUUCACGCUGGCCGCUAUUGGUGACCGGGCCCUUGCAAUCAUGGUCCUCCCCACAGAAGAAUGUGGUUUUGAUGGGGGAUGCAGCGCACUCAAUGGUAAACCAUAUGGCGCAAGGGGCUGCUACGUCCAUGGAAGACGGAGCUUUCCUCGCAAAGUGCGUCGGGGCAGUUACUCGCGGAAAGCUGAGUCUUCGCGAAGCCAUCAAUAUAUACGAGCUCGAGCGGAUGCCAAAAGCCUUUAUGAAACAACAGGUCUCUUUUCUGAAUGGUGCCAUCUGGCACUUACCGGAUGGCCCUAAGCAACAGGCUCGCGAUGCGGCAAUGGCACCGUCGCUUGAAGGGAAAUAUUUGGUUCGCAGCAGCAAUCUCUACGAUGACCCUCAGACGGUGCUGGAUGUAUAUGGAUAUGACGCUGAAGCGCAUGCAGAACAGGCGCUAGCGCGGUUUGCCCACGGGCGCGAGGCGGUGUAUCCAGGUACUGGUAUAGCACCUUACAUCGAGGACAAAUAUAUGGGGUGGUUUACAAAGUGUCAACCAAAUGACCGCUACGCCGCAGCUGGGAAGCUUUAG